AGGCCUGUCAGUCUGCUAGCUCUGCAGAGGAAGAUGGCGCCUCUUAGAGACAGGGUCUCUACGCUGCCCCGGCUCCAACUGCUAGUGCUGUUGUUGCUGCCGCUGCUGCUUGUGCCCCAGCCCAUCGCAGGUCAUGGCGGCAAGUACUCGCGGGAGAAGAAUGAGCCCGAGAUGGCCGCCAAGCGUGAGUCCGGGGAGGAGUUCCGCAUGGAGAAGCUGAACCAGCUAUGGGAGAAGGCCAAGCGGCUGCAUCUGUCUCCUGUGAGGCUGGCCGAGCUGCAUUCUGACCUGAAGAUACAAGAGAGGGAUGAACUCAACUGGAAGAAGCUGAAGGUGGAAGGCCUAGACGGGGAUGGGGAGAAAGAAGCAAAACUGGUCCACAAUCUCAAUGUCAUCCUGGCCAGGUACGGACUGGAUGGGAGGAAGGACACCCAGACAGUGCACAGCAACGCCCUCAAUGAAGACACCCAGGAUGAGCUGGGGGACCCCAGGUUGGAAAAGCUGUGGCACAAGGCAAAGACAUCAGGGAAAUUCUCCAGUGAAGAACUGGACAAGCUGUGGCGAGAGUUUCUGCACUACAAAGAGAAGAUCCACGAGUACAAUGUACUGCUAGAUACACUGAGCAGAGCUGAAGAAGGUUAUGAGAACCUUCUCAGCCCCUCUGACAUGACCCACAUCAAGAGUGACACCCUGGCCAGCAAGCACAGUGAACUGAAGGACAGACUGCGUAGUAUCAACCAGGGCCUAGACCGCCUGAGGAAGGUCAGCCACCAGGGCUACGGCCCCGCCACUGAGUUUGAAGAGCCCCGAGUGAUAGAUCUGUGGGACCUGGCUCAGUCUGCCAACUUCACCGAGAAGGAACUGGAGUCGUUCAGGGAGGAGCUUAAGCACUUCGAGGCCAAAAUCGAAAAGCACAACCACUACCAGAAGCAGCUGGAGAUUUCCCACCAGAAGCUGAAGCACGUGGAGAGCAUCGGUGACCCCGAGCACAUCAGCCGCAACAAGGAGAAGUACGUCCUGCUGGAGGAGAAGACAAAGGAGCUGGGCUACAAGGUGAAGAAGCAUCUGCAGGACCUGUCCAGCAGGGUCUCAAGGGCUCGGCACAAUGAGCUCUGAGACCAGAAGCCACUGGCAGUAGCCUAGAGAGGCUCUUGAAGACACUGGGAACUGUCAACUUGUCAUACUGGUGUGGCUGUCCACAGUGGCAAGGAGAAAUACCGAUCUGAUCCUGCUGCGGCUGGCAAGGACUAAUUUUCUUUCAAGCAAGUGUAGCUGUCACCGCCCUGGUUGAGGGCUUUGGGUACAUCUACCAAUGAGAUAUGACCGGUCUCCAUGCUGCAGCAAAAGUUUACAUUGAAAUUAUAUAAAUCUGUCACUGGAAAUGUUAUGUACAGAGUCCUUAAAUACAUGGCAG